AUGAGCGCGCCAACCAUCACGUCUCGUUUCCAUGCCAUCGUCACUGCAAGACCACUUCACGGAACGGGGCCACCAGUCAUAGAUCAAAACUAUCGGACAAGUACCUACGAAUCCUGGGGUGGUGCUCGAUUUCAGAACGCGAAACGGAAGAAGGGCCCAAAUGAAACAGGAGUAGCCAGGAAAGCCCGUCGGACGUCGGAAGAUGAGGGGACAGGUGCCCGCGAGGCUACUACUUUGUUUCAAAGUAGAGACGAAUUGCUGUCGGCGCUCCGAAAACGCUUCAAACAGACAGCCGAUGUCGAUUUCCACGGGAUGUACGAGAUGCUAGAUCCCAACACUACCCACAAGGAGAGGAUUCAGACGGUGGCGAAUGAGAUAUGGAAAACGACGGGUUAUCGAUUUACGGUGAAGGACCACCCUCAAUUGACGAACGGGCACAAGACACGGUUCUGGUGUUCUCAAGACGAUGCCCAUCGCUCGAAAUCGUCGAAGGCUGCGCGGCAGGCACAGGGAAACCUCUACAAACCCCGCAUGACAAGCGCCGGGGAGACAAUGGCAAAGGCACGCUUUCCGUGCAGAAGCCGGUUGCUCAUCUCCUCGCGCGACUCACAGGUGCCUGGAACACGCAUUAUCACGGUCCGAAUGCAUCACCACCUCGCCCAUGAACCCUACGUGGACCAGAACCUCCCGCCGGAUAUGGCUCAGACCAUCCUAGAGGGCUAUGGAUGGACCCAGCCGGAAAUAUCGAGUGCAGGCGAUUCAGGGAUGGAGACGGUUCCGCCUCCUGCACCUCAGGAGGAAGAGGACGAGGAAGAUGACGAUAAUUCCCCUCCCCAAACGUAUGAGCCGGUCGAAGACGAUGUUCACGAUAUUUCCCAACAACCUCCGCCUCCACUGAGCGUGAACGACCACACUCACGCCAUGGCUCCCACCCACCACAUGGACAAUCCGGACCCUCAGCCACCUCAACUGCAACCUCAAACCCAGCAAAUUCCACAGACCCAACCCACACAUCCUCCGCAGCCCCCACAGCCAUCGCUACCCGAGAUAUACCACCAACGAAUGCAAACCCACAUCCGCAACCUCCGCGACUUCUGCGACGGCCUGGAGUACAACCUGCAGUUUAACGACUACCGGAUGCUCGACACGCUCGAGCGUGAGGGCGGGCCAUUCCUCAACCUCGUUGCUGACUGCCUAAGGAAAGAAGGAAGACUCGUCAAUGCAGAAGACCCACCGGUGCUUCAUGUUACUGGCCAGAUGAUCAACGGCGCGUCUGCCCCAGGCAUGGAUGCGAUGAGCAUCCAACGUAGCUAUGAGGGCAACCCGGGGAUCAACCCUAGAGCCUUGGGUUGUUGA